UUACCAAUCAGAUUUUUUUCCUCUCGACUGCAAUCGGAGGUGAGGACGAGGCUGAACUGGAUCCGUAACUUAAAUGUUGCACCAACGGUUACAGUCAAGUUAAGCCAUUGUUUUCAUUCAACCAUUCUAAGACGGGACAGAAAUAGGCUGUAAACAACGGGCAAACUAAAUGCUUUAUAUAUCAGUUCUAGUUUUAUUUAUUUCAACGUUAUUAAAUUGAAAAUUAGCUUUAAAACAUUACGGAUGGAAGCAAAGAAAAUAGUAGAGCCUCAAAAUCCGUGUCCUCCAAAUGCUGAAAGAUCGUUUAAGGGCCACGUUUGUGGAAUAUGCCAGAAAUGGUUUAAAAGAUCAAGUGAUCUGCGUAGACAUGGAAGUGUACAUUCCAAUGAAAAACCUAUUUCUUGUGAUCAUUGCAACAUGAAAUUCUCAUCUAAAACUAGGUUACGGUCACAUCGUAAAUAUUUAACACUUGAAAAAAAUUUUCAGUGUGAGUUUUGCCAAAUGCGAUUUAAAAUGUUUACUAAUCUUAAACUUCAUAUGAUUACUCACACGGAGGAAAAACCUUAUAAGUGUGAAAUGUGUAAUAAAAGUUUUCGCCAAAAAAGUGGACUGGAAUAUCAUUAUAGCAGUCAAACUUAUCUAGCACAUCAUAAGACAUUUGAAGAAUUCAAACAAUUUGAAUAUUUAAUUGAAAAAUAUAAAUCUAGAUAUCUUGAGGAUGGUGGUGUGCAUAUCUGUACAGUGUGUAACAAGGAAUUUAAAUCAGCAAGACGUCUGGAAAGCCAUUCUAUUGUUCAUUCUAAGAACUGGUAUGAAUGUGACAUAUGUCAAUUACAUUUUAAAAGAAAAGAAUACAUAUCUAGGCAUAAACGUGCAAUCCACUCUAGUAGAAGAGAGCUUUUUCCUUGUGAUAUUUGUAAAAAAAGAUUUACUACUAAAUAUUCUGUCAAGUUGCACAAAACUGCAGUUCACAAAGAAUGCAGGUCAUUUCAGUGUGAAAUUUGUCCUCGAUCUUUUCUUAACAGAGCUGCAUUUGUUGCACAUAUGGAUGCCCACAGUGGAGUGAAAAAAUUUGCUUGUACUAUGUGUGACAAAAAGUAUAAAACAAUGUCUAACUUAAAGUAUCAUAUGAGAGAGCACACUGGAGAGAAACCUUAUAUGUGUGAAGAUUGCAAUACAUGUUUUAAAUCAAAUGAAAUGCUAAAAACUCACUCUAGAAGGUGUGAAAGAAUUAAAACUACUUUUGAAACAAAACAGAAUGCUGAUGGCAAAAUGGAACUUGAACUGUCCCAAAUUCAAAACACAGAUAACAAAAUAACUUUGCUCAAAGUGCCUGAAAAAAAUGUGGCAGAAAAAACUGUAGAUCAAGCAAUAUAUAAAAGUCUCCAAGUUGCUAAAAAGGCAUUUAGUAAUGAAAAUAAUGUUUUUACUUCUACUCAAUCUAGAAGGCGUGAAAAAAUUAAAACUACUUUUGAAACAAAACACAAUGCUGAUAGCAAAAUGGAACUUGGGCAGUCCCAAAUUCAAAACACAGAUAACAAAAUAAAUUUGCUCAAAGUGCCUGAAGAAAAUAUGGCAGAAAAAACUGCAGAUCCAACAAUGCAUAAAAGUCUCCAAGUUGCAAAAAAGGCAUUUAGUAAUGAAAAUAAUGUUUUUACAUCAAAAAAUAUAAAGUUUGUAAAAGUGCAGAAUACAGCAGCAUUAAACUUUUUGCGUGUAACAAGACUAUUUCAGAGAUACAGGUGACUUUCAAAUGUUUAUUCUAAAUAGCUUUAGCCUAUAUUAAAUCCAAUUGUGAUGCAGAGACUUGUGGUAGAAUUAUUUGCUUCUACUGAUUAUAAGAUGAUUUUAAUGAUAGUUACUUGUACUUUAUAUUUUAGUUUCAAAUUGUUUUGUUUAAAUUGAGAACAUAUAUGAAAAUAAUAUUUUGUAUUUUAUACAUUAAGAUGUAAAAAGGAGUAAAACAUUUUAUUAUACUGUA